UACCACCACCACGGCUGCUAUCAGUCAAUGCGCCACUCCCGGCACCACCUCAUCGUCGCCACUCCCAGCAGCAAAGGCCAUCCGUCCCCAAACACCGGCCCAUCACCGAGCUAGCCAGUGAGGGCGCCGCAGCUGGGAGUGGAAUCAAAUGGAGCUGUAACAAGGAUCUGACUCCACCGCGCAGCAACAGGAGACCAGCCUGACUCCAUCUUCAUGGUCGUAGUGGCCUCUCACUCCCCUCGGCAAGAAGCAGACAAGCGCCGCGCCGCGCCCACGGGAAGCUACUAGUAACCGCCCCAAGCCAAGAAACCGAGCCAAAGAAACCUUCUUCCUCCUCCCCUCUCCAACUCCCCUCGCCCAAAGUUUCCUGGCCGGACCACGGGGGAACAACGGGUAAUGGCGCCGGCGAGGAGGAGAUGCUCCGCCUGGAGGACGGCGGCGGCAAUUCUCGCGGUGGCGCUGCAGCUCCUUCUCGCGGCGGCGGCGGACGCCGGGAAGUACAACGCGGUGUUCAAUUUCGGGGACUCGUUGGUGGACGCCGGGAACCUGGUGACGGAGGGCGUCCCGGACUACCUGGCCACGGCGCGGCCGCCCUACGGCCAGUCCUACUUCGGCUACCCCACGGGCCGCUGCUCCGACGGCCGCCUCGUCAUCGAUUUCAUCGCGCAGGAGUUCGGGCUGCCGCUGCUGCCCCCGUCCAAGGCCAAGAACGCCAGCUUCGCGCAGGGCGCCAACCUCGCCGUCACCGGCGCCACGGCGCUCGACACCGACUUCUUCCAGAAGCGCGGGCUCGGCAAGUUCGUCUGGAACUCCGGCUCCCUCUUCACCCAAAUCCAGUGGCUGCGCGACCUUAAGCCCACCUUUUGCAACUCCACUCAAGAGUGCAAGGACUUCUUUGCCAAGUCUCUGUUUGUCGUCGGGGAAUUUGGUGGAAACGACUACAACGCGCCGCUCUUCGCCGGGAAGGACCUCAAGGACGCCUACCAGCUGAUGCCUCAUGUAGUUCAGGGCAUCUCAGAUGGUGUUGAGCAAUUGAUUGCUGAGGGGGCAAAGGAUUUGAUUGUGCCUGGAGUGAUGCCGUCUGGAUGCUUUCCAGUGUACUUGACCAUGUAUGUUGACCCUAAAGAGGGGUACGGCACGCGUAGCGGCUGCCUCAAGCGUUUCAACACGUUCUCAUGGGUGCACAAUGCAAUGCUCAAGCGUGCGCUACAGAAGCUCCGGGCCAAGCAUCCUGGCGUGAGGAUCAUAUAUGGGGAUUACUUCACACCGGUUAUCCAGUUCUUGCUUAAUGCUGAGAAGUUCGGAUUUCACAAACAGCCGCCUAGAGCAUGCUGUGGCGCUCCUGGGCAGGGUCCUUACAACUUCAAUCUGACAGCCAAGUGUGGUGAGCGUGGUGCUACGAUGUGUGCUGAUCCGAAGACACAUUGGAGCUGGGAUGGGAUUCACUUGACGGAAGCCGCAUAUGGACAUAUUGCCAGAGGUUGGUUGCACGGCCCAUUCACGGAUGAGCCUGUCAUACAGUCUUCCUGAGCAUCUACAUAGUCGCUUGGCCUAUUGUGCCUCUAGAGUGUAUCAAAAUAGCACACCGAAUCGGAGCUGCCGAGCUGAUAAGGUAGUUCCAUAUAGUUGGAUGUAUAUCUCGAUCCAUUUUGUUCGAGUUCAUCGCAGUCAGUUAAAGAGGGGUGAGAUAGGAAGAAAUUAAUGGUAUAAGUAACAAAAUGUAUUGUACAAAGUGGUUCAAUAUGAUGCUCAGUAUGAUCAUGUCUAGCAUCUGACUUGUUGAUCAAAAGCACUAGCAGUAUGGUUCUUAAAUCAACUGUUGUCUGAAAUAUAUUACUCCGUA